UUUACGUUCACAUAUGUUACCAGUUCGUGACUUCGUGGACUUACCGCUAUGCUACAGGAGGACAAUUCCUUUCUUUGACCAUACCUCUAGUGUUUCAAGCGUAUUGAAAAAUUGAAUAAACUUUAGUUAAAGAUUCCAUACAAAAUGUUAAUCAUUACGUUUUAAUUUUUAUUUUGAAAUUUUGGCAAAUUGGUACGUCUCAUUUAGUUUUUUGUUCAUGAUGUCAAUUACAUGUCAUUCUUUUCUUUAAUUAAGAAAGAGAAGCUAACUUCAGUCAUCGUCUAAUACUAAUGUUAUGAUGUAUUUUCUUUCUGAUGACACAGUGGUAAUAAUUUCAGUAAAGAUACGGCGGAUUAUAUGUAUAAUUAUACAGCUCUGUAACUGUUAUUGUUAAGUUGCAUUUGAAAGAUGGAAGAUAAACUUGCAAAGUAUAGAACUCGUAAAAAACAGAAGGCACAAGAAGAGAAGCAUUCAUUUCUUGAUGCUUUAAGACUUCGUUUUAACUUGAACCAUAAAGUUCGAAAUGAUAGAAUUUGCAGUACUAACGACGAAACUGACAAACAUGAAAGAUGUGUACAAAAUGAAAAAUCUGAAAAUCAACAUAGAACUUCCAGCGAAAAUCUAAACAAAAAGCAUGGACAAGAUGUGUAUCUGACUAGUAGAAAAAGGGCAACUUCAGAAAAUGUGACAGAUGAACAUUCUCCAGAAUUUGAGUUGGAACCAUCUUGUAAAUCCAAUACUAAAUAUCUAGACAUCAUUGAAGUAGGAAUGAAAGUAUUUUUUUGGUUGUUGUUGUGGUUUCUGUUUAUUGUACUUGAAUUUGGAGCUGUUUUCUUUGUGUUUUCUAUCUUCUAUUUCAUGUACAGAAACUUUAGAAAAACAACCAGAAAACCAGGUGAACUCAGUGCCUAUUCAGUUUUUAAUCCAAACUAUGAAGCAAUUCAAGGAACUUUGAAAGCAGAACAAUUUGAAAGAGAACUGAAAUUUGGUGCUGGCAGUAUUCACUAAUAUAAUUAUAUUUCAUGGCAAAUUUUUAUUUCAAAAAUGAUUUAUAAAGUAGCAACAAGUAGGAUUUGAUCUGGGUAUGGGCUUCACUAAUAUAAUAGCCAUUUUUUCAAGUUACUUGACUAAAUUGUGUUUAUUGGCUAAUGGUAACAUAUAUUGACAGGCAAAAAAUAUUUUCCUUGUUAUGUGUUUAUUUAUAAUUUUCAGUUUAACAUCAAAGGGAUUGUAUUUGAGAAAUUAUUGUUGGGAGUUUUGUAAAGCAUAAAUUCAGAACAUUUUGUAUACAAUAUCUGCAGUAGACAUUUGACAGUAUAUGUUUAUAGGCAAUAUUAAACCAACAAUGAAUAUUGUUUUAGUUGUACUCUGAGAGAAUAUAGAUAAACUGCUUUAGUCCAGUGUAUGAACAGUGAGUUGUUUUAAUAUUUCAGAAAAUCAAGUUCCAGUUUAAAGAGAAUAUAGUAAUUUAAGAAAUAUAUUUAUGUAGAAUGAAUUUGUCUGUAUUUUAUAUUAGAGUAUCAAUGGGUAUGAUGUCCUAUCUGUUAUUUAAAUAACAUUUUUUUAAACUACUUGUGCAUCAAAUUGCUUGUGAAUAUGUGACUUUGUUGUAACAGUGUCCCUAAUAAAAAAAAAGUUUAACAGAAACACCACUCCUAUUUCAGUUAAUCCUAUUAGCUACUGCUGGUCUUUUUAUUCAUUCAGCACAUGUGUAUGAAUUGUUUAUUCAAUUCACAAUUCCACACUACUUUGCCCCUCCCUGGAAAAGGUUUAGUCUUUGGGUUUAGGAGUUUGUGUGACUAUAGAGCAUAAUACAAGUUAUUCAGUAAGACUUGGAGCAAAAGUCCAUGACUUUCAGUUGUAAGUAUUAUGGGAAAAUGUGUGCUCACAAUGAUACCAAAAUUAAUAACUCAUAAAGAAAUUUGUAGCAUGUGCUAAUGAAUCUAAGAUAAUUUUUUGUCAUAAAAACAGGCAGAGACUUGGGUAUUAAUAUGGCUAAAAUCAGCAGUAAUCCUAUCUGUUUACAGCAAAUGAAAUAAGAAAAUAUUUGUAGUUAUAAAGUGGUCCCAGUCAGGGAAUAACUAGACAUUGUACAUGUACAUCAUAUAUGAAUUCUGGUAUAAUAAAAAACUAA